UAUUUGCUGAUUGAGAGGAGACUGUGACUGUGCAGUAUUGACAUGUUUGGAUUUAUCAAGAAGUCUGGACAGUCAUUUGGUUCAUAGGAAAGUGUCCCGUUCAUUUCUGAUCCGUGGUGUUUGAUAAGUGGCAGAACUAUGGACCAUCCUCUGGUGUGGGUUCUCAUCCUGGUGCUGCUCAACUUCAAUACAGAUGUCUCUGGCCAGGUGGUGGUUCCCUCUAUGAACCCCUUAGCUGUGGGCAGUAAUGUCACACUGAACCUAGUUCCCGAAAGCCCCAUCAACAUAGGGACCUGGUCAUAUGAAACUACAACCAUCGUACUUUUCUAUCCUGGUGGCAGUAUUAUGAGUACAAGUUAUCGAGGCAGAGUCUCAUUCAACCGCUCCUCCUCAGAGCUGUCCAUAAGCUCUCUCCAACUCAACGACUCAGGACGAUAUACCGUGCWGGGAAUGGAGCCAGUCCUGACCGCUGUGGUGACCUUGUCUGUCCAGGAGCCCAUUUCUAACGUGACUCUAAGAGCCAAUGCCACUGAUCUAGUGGAAUUGAACGACACUGCCAUUGUCACCUGCUCCGUCUCCUCUGGCACCUCCCUCUCCUACCGCUGGAUGAAUGGAAGCUCAGAGGUUGCAGCCAGUGACAGAGUUCGGCUUGGUGUUGGGAACAGCACUCUCUCCAUAGUCAGUGUGACACGAUACGAUGAAGGGCCGUUCAGAUGUGAGGUCAUCAAUGGAAUCAGCGAUGGCACCAGCCAGCCCAUCGGCCUCAAUGUUAGAUAUGGCCCAAGUAACCUCACCAUGAUGGUAGCUCCUGAGAUGACCAUAGGACAUACAGCCUACAAGACGGGCUCUGUCAUCACUCUGUCCUGCUCCGCUCAGUCCAAACCCGCUGUGUCCUACAAGUGGAGGUUUAAUGGGGUGUUCCUCAACGAGCAAAGUCCACAGCUGAGCCUGCAGAACACCAGGGAGAACCAGACAGGAAGUUACGCAUGCUUAGCCCACAACAAUGUCACACUCCGAUACGCCACCAUGACCACAAUGAUAAAGAUCGUGGAGCCGAUAUCAGCGGUUACGUUGAACCGUGAUGGGAAGCCACCGAUACUGGAUCAGUCGUUCACUCUGCGGUGUGAGGUGACUGGACCUGUAGACUACAUUCACUGGCUGAUGAACGGCCAGCUCAUCUCCCUAAACAGAACAUUCUUCUCUACGGGCAACAAGACAAUGGUUAUCAACCCAAUCCAGUUUUCUGACAGUGGAGAAUAUCUCUGUGAGGCCUUUAAUGAUGUCAGUAACAAGACCAGCAUGACAUACAAGCUUGUGGUGAACUAUGGUCCAGAGAGACCUGUUAUCAUGAGUCCGGAUAUAGAGAUGACAGGACACACCGUGACCUUCAACUGCUCGGCCUCCUCUCAGCCUACCAGCCAGUUCAGCUGGUUCUUCAAUGGCUCCCAGGUGAGGACUGGCUUCAGUGUAGUGAGACUGCCCAUGACCUAG